AACACUAUCACCUUUCAUAUACAAAGUAGCCAUUGGGCAAAGCACUACAGGCAGGCCAAAAAAUUUUUAUAAAAAAAUGAAUAAUUUUUGGACAAUCCUUAUCACCUUGACAUUGUUCUGUCUGUCUCUGGGAGAUGCAGCCAACGAUGAUGAACACUUUGCCCAACUUCUUAAGGAGACCAAAUCAGUGACGGUAGAGGUUAAAUCUCUUAUUGAAAAGACCUUGGCCCAGCUACCCAAGGAAACCGAUUAUGAUUUGCAUCGUGAGAGAUUCACAAAAUAUCUUGAUCUCUAUCAAAAAUAUCAAUCCGCCUCCCAGGAAGAUUGUGGCGAAAAGGCAUUGGAAUUCUACGAUUCACAAAAUACUUUCUUCCAUUUGUAUAUGAGAGGCAAUCUUAAGGCUACACGUGGCACAGAAGUUAUUCAACUGCUAAAUGAGAAUGGCAUGCAGAAACUAUUGGUGAGAAUUGAUGAGGAACGUAAAAAGGGUGAUUAUGAUUCGGUGAAUUGGAGGAAAUUUGAGGAAUAUAUAGCAGCCGGCCAUUGCUAGAUGGCAGCAAGUGGAAGGAAAUUCGACGAUAGCAAUCAAUAUAAUUAAAUAAAAUUUUUUUUGUCUUAAAAUUGAUAAAAAAAGAAAUUAUCGCAAAACUUAAGAAACAAUUGUUGAGGAAAUUUUUUCAAAAAUUUGCAAAAUUUUGUAAAAUCUUUAUAUUAGAAUUUUUUGUAUUAAAAUUUUGAAACACAAUCAAAGUUUAAAAAAAGUUUUUUUAAGAAAUAAUAAAUUUUUACAAAAUUUUAUACAA